CGCAGAGGAAAUAAAUCGAAGGGGGCUCAGUCUCAUAGACAUUUAAAAGAACCCCAUUUAUCUUCCCUGACCUCCAAAAGUCAGUCAUCCACGUCGUCAUCGUGAUCCUCGUCAACUGAUUCUUGUUUCGGAUCUUGUCGCCUGCUUGAGUUGAAUUUCCCGCCGCAAUCACCAUCAAUUAUGGCCGCGCAGAGCAGAGUUUCAUCACGUGGACGGCAUCUUGCUACUAAGAUGCCUACCUUCUUUCAUGUACUCAAGGACCAAUGGAACCCCGAAUCAAACCCGCAGGGAAUCGUCAACAUUGGACUUGCGGAAAAUACACUGAUGCAGGAGGAAAUGAAAGCGUUCAUCAAUUCUCACCUAAGUGUAGAAUCGCAUGCACUGACAUAUGGUGAUGGAUUCUCGGGCUCUAUAAAACUCAAAAAAGCGCUCUGCCAUUUCUUGAAUCAUCAUUUCCGGCCCCAUACUACACUUGUUCCUUCCCACAUGGUAGUCACUGCAGGCGCGAGUAAUGCGAUCGAGUGCUGCGCAUGGUCCCUAUGUGAUCCUGAUGAUUAUGUACUUAUUGGACGUCCGUACUGGACUACCUUCAGAACCAUGCUUGGCAAUCGUGCCAGUGUGAAUGUCCUUGAAAUUCAAUUUGAAGGGCUUGACCCCUUCAGCUUAGAAGCGGUUGAAUGUUUCAAGGAAGCCUACAAACGAGCUACUGAAGAAGGAAAAAUAGUCAAGGCUAUUCUUUUAUGUUCACCAAACAAUCCUCUCGGUCGCUGCUACCCUCAAGAAGUUCUAUGCUCAUAUAUGCGGCUUUGCAAUGAUCUUGACAUACACUUGGUUUCUGACGAGCUCUACGCUCUUUCGGUUUGGGAGAAUCUUGAGCUUGAAAACCCAAUACCGUUCAAAUCAGCUCUCUGUUUUGAGGCCAAAAAUUUGAUGAAUCCCGAAAAAUUGCAUGUCAUUUGGGGUAUGAGCAAGGACUUCGGUGCAACAGGCUUGAGGAUUGGUUGUCUGAUCAGUCAGUCAAACAAGCAGUUUUUGGAUGCCUGCGAGAGUAUUUCACUUUUCAGCUUCCCAUCCAGUCUGGCAGAUAACACAGUCGCCGAACUCCUAGCAGAUGACUCUUUCACAGAACACUUUAUCUCUCUGAACCGAGCUCGCCUCUCGGACAAUUAUCGUCAUAUCACCGGACUUCUCAAGGAACGGGGGAUUCCGUAUAGCCAGUCGAACGCCGCUCUUUUUGUGUGGGUUCAUCUAGGCGCGGUGACCCGAAACCGCGCCGCCACCGAUGGUGAUAUUCUUGAAUGUUUGCAUCGAGAGAAGGUCUAUGUCACUUCCGGGUUGACUUACGCUAGCGAAGAGCCAGGAUGGUUUCGCAUUGUAAUCGCACAUCCUAAGCACGUGCUGGAAGAAGGCUUUAAGCGCAUUGUUCGAGCGAUUGCAUAGGUAUUUUCAAGGCCGAUCACGUAAAGAUUGCACCUGCGGCAGGUUCUUCGUGAGGUGGCUCGGAUUGUUGCUAUUAUUUCAUUGAGAAUUCUAUACAGGUCCAUCGGCAACCUAAUGUCAAAGGUCGCACCGCAGAAUGAAAGUAUCGG